UGUAAAAUAAUGCUGUUUCAAUAUCUAAGUUUAGCAAUGUGAAACAUGUCAUAAACCAAGUACAUCAGAAAAGUCAUGGCUGCACUGGUAACAGAGAGGGUUUUCUCUGGGUCCAUGGAGGAUCUUCCUGCUCAAGUGUCCAAUGUGGUUCAGGUCUUCAUCAGCUCAACGUUCACAGAUUUUCAAGAAGAGCGAAAUUGGAUUAUGAAACAUGCAGUGCCAAGGCUGAGAAAAUUUUGUCAGGAAAGGGGACUGGAUUUUCAGAUUGCUGACAUGCGGUGGGGUGUUCGAGAAGAUGCCACUGAUGAUCACAGGACCACAGAAAUGUGUCUGCAUACCAUCCAUGAGUGUCAGAGAAUUUCGCGCGGGCCUAACUUUGUGGCAUUUCUGGGAGACAAGUAUGGCUUCCGCCCCUUUCCCUCCGAGAUAGAAGAGGAGGAGUUUAAACUAUUGAAGAACGCAGCAUUGAAGCUGGGCCAAGAUCCUGCAUUGUUGCUGACCUGGUUCAAGUGUGACUACAACAUGGAACCAACUAUGUACUGCCUUCAGCCAAUCAGCUCUCAAUAUUCACACUACUUUGACAUGAGCCCUGCCAACUCCAUUCUGAGACAACAGGCACAGAAAGACUGGUGGAACACAGUGGAGAAACUUACUGGAUUGCUCCGUAACACCGCAGAUAGCCUUCAUUUUGAGGGGAAGCUUUCCUUUGCACAGAGGCACAAAUAUUUCAUGUCAGUGACAGAGAGCGAGGUCCAGGAAGGACUUCUGUCAGGUGUGGAGGUUAAACACAAGGCAGUCUGCUUUAUACGCAGUCUAGAUGGCAUUGAACCAACACACUAUAUUUCAGGCCGGUUCACAGACCUGAAAGAUGGCGGUGUUGAUUUGGAGGCCCAGGAACUGAGAGAGAGGCUGUGUACGGAACUUGUACCAUCUGUUAUACCACCCAGUCAGCUGUACAGCUAUAACGUACCAUGGGAUGGGAACAAGGGAGUCAGCACUGCAAACGAAGAUCAAAAUAGGUACAUCAAUCAGCUAGGGGAAGACUUUAUUACGAGCCUAGAAGAAAUUAUCAAACAUGAACUAAAUGAGUCUGAGACCGCUAGAUUUAGAACCCCACUGUUUGAGGAAAUACUUCAUCAUAUCAGCUUCGCCAAAACCAAAUGUACAACAUUUUGCGGCAGAGACAACCUCAUUAAAGAAGUCCACGAUAAAGUGAACAAGUCUUUUACUUUAAAUGAUGAUAUUGCUGAGGUUAAAACAGAAGAUGCAGUUCUCAACAUGAAUAAAGCAACGGAGGAGGCAGUUAAACAACAACAACUGGCUAUGUCUGCCUACUUAAAGUCUAUUGGGGUGACAUAUGUUGUUGGAGACGAAUAUACUGAUAUGGAGAGUGAUUCAAAACACAACCCUCAAGAUACUUUUACCGAGAUUCCAGUUCACACAAAGUUUAAUAGACCUUUGAUUAUUAUCGGGAAAUCUGGCUCCGGUAAGACAGCCGUAAUGGCAAAACUUUUUCAGACCUCUCCUUCUUUUCUGUCCCCUUUGAAGUCCAUUACUAUGGUACGUUUUUUAGGGACAUCGACAAUGAGUACGAGCAUACGAGAGACACUGAUAACUCUGUGCGAGCAAAUCAGGACCCUUUACAAAGUUCAGGACCCGUUUGGUCUAGAUUUUGAAUCCGACUACCAGUUUCUGGUUCGCUACUUCGCAUCACUGCUUUGGAGGAUAAAUACCACCAACAGGCCACUCACAAUAAUUCUAGACUCCGCCGACCAGUUGAACGUGGCCGACCACGCCCACCUGUUCAACUGGCUGCCACACAAGCUACCAGUCACUGUGCGAAUGAUAGUCUCCUUGGUAACGGAUAGGACUGACUGCUUGACCAAUAUCAGACUGGUUUUCCCAUUUGUCGAUCGGUUUGUUGAGAUAACUGAUCUAGACAGAGGGGUAGCAGACAAUAUUAUCAACAUGACGAAUAAGGCACAACACCGCCACCUGUCAAAGAAACAGAAGAAUUUUGUAUUGGAGCAGUUUGCCAAAUGCUGUCUGCCUCUGUAUUUGAAAGUGCUGGUAGAUAUGUCCUUGUCAUGGCGUUCCUACACUGACCUAGACCCUGGGUCGUUGGGUUCAAGCAUCAAAGAGGCGAUCAAAUUCCUUUUUAACAAUCUGGAGAAGGCUCAUGGAGAGGUUUUGGUCAGAAAAAGCUUGGGGUACCUGUGUGCGGCCAGAGACGGGUUGUCAGAGAUCGAAAUAGAAGACCUCCUGUCAUUGGAUGAUGAGGUUCUUCAAGACACCUACAUCUACCAUCUUCCCCCUGACCCUGAGGUGAUACGCCUUCCACCAUUACUAUGGAAACGAGUCCAGUUUGACAUCCGAGAGUACGUUGUAGAGCGACAGUCUGGAGGGCGCAAGGUGAUUGGCUGGUACCACAGGCAAUUUUCUGAGGUGGCGUACGAGAGGUUCUGCAAUAAAGAUGUGAGACAACACCUACACAAGGCUCUUGCAGAAUAUUUUCAGGGAAUCUGGAGCACACAGUGUAAACCCCUCCAGCUAAUAAAAGGAAAAAAGGGCAGCUACACGAAAGCUGUGAGACAGGUUCCAUCCCAACCAAUCAAAAUCAGUGAGACUCUGUACAACACGCGAAAGCUGACCGAGCUACCCCACCAUCUUAUCAACAGUGGCCAGUUUGAAACAGUCCUCAAUGAGCUUUUUUGUGACCCAGAUUGGCUCUAUGCCAAGUGCUUGACUCUGACCUUGACCUCUGUCAUGGAAGAUUUGAAGCUUGCAGAUGCACUCUGCAAUGAAUUGUUGAGAUCCAAAAUGGCAGGAAUUAAAGUGUCAAGUUCAGGGAAGCAGAAGAAUACGCAAGAUGAGGUUGUCUUGGAGACGGAAAGGAAAGUUCUGGAAGGAAUUCGCUUGGUGUCAAGAAUGAUUCUUUUAGCAGCUGACAGUAUCAGGAAGGAUCCAGUCAAUCUGCCAGUGAUGCUUCUAGCUCAGUUUGGACCAGACUACUCCGGAAAUGAAUACAUUGAAGGUCUUGUCAGACGUUGUCAGGACUGGUGUUCCGGUUUCCAUUCUCCUCUGCUGGUUCCGGUUCUAGAGUGCAUGUCAAAACCUACAGGGAACCAACUGUACUCAAUAUCUGUGGACCUCUCCCUUAUAGGGGAGGACAGAGAUCCUCACUACAGACCCGCGUACCUGUGUGAUGACCUUGGUCAGUUGUAUGUUGUUGAGCAGAGGUCAUCACAGCGUUGUGACCGCAUCUGUGUAUUUGAUCUCCAUGACAACGGGUCCUGCAUCGUCAAGGAAGAUAUUGGAAUGUUCAUCAGAAAUAUACAGUUUGUGGGGGGAAGCAAAUAUUUACUUCUGGAUGUGUACACAAAAGUAAGCCGGUAUUCUCCUGAGUCUGAACACCGGUUGUAUGAACGAUCUACUUCUGCACCCAUACAGUUUCCCCACCCAGUAGGCUGUAUUGUGGUCUCGAACGAGGGGAAAUUUAUUGUCUGCUCAAAUGACUGUGAGGUCUUCAUAUACAAAAGGGAAACCACUCUUCAGCUGCUUCACAAGAUGAAGGACCAUGAACAUCCAGUGAGUUGCUUGCUUAUCUCCCCUGAUGACAACUAUCUUGUCACGGGCGGUGGGCCUAAGGAUUUAUGGAGCAACGCAAAACCAGAAGGGUUUGUGUACAGCAUGAAAGCGAAGAAAAAACUACACAACUUAGAAAAGAUGAAGAUUACUCGGUGGUCCUCUGUUAUUACUACAAAAAAUAUAAUGUUAUCUUGUGGGGCUGACUACAAAAGCACAGGGACAAUAUUUGUCUGUGAUCUUUGUUCCGGUGAAAUUCUGCAUGAAGUAGUGGCUAACAGCAUGUAUGAGAUUUCUGAUCUUUAUCUACACUGUUCACAAACCUACGCCCUCAUCUCCAUCUCAGAUACAGGCAUCACUAAUGGAGUGGAAAACAAGUAUGCUGGCCUGGUUGACAUCAAUAACGGAAAAAUGGUUGGUAAGGUACCAGAAGGUUAUAAAGGUCCUUACUCGAGCGCUAGAGUGUUCGGUACAGAGGACAUAUACUAUGCUGUAGGUGUAUGGAACAAUCCCAAUGUUUCCAUCUGCUAUGCAGGCACAGUAAAUGAACCAUUAGAGGAGGCAGUUGUGAUCCACGUUCUGAUUGGUCAUAAUGGACCAAUGAGAGAUACGCUUGUAGCCAGCAGUCUGGAGCUGUUAAUGACUCUAUCAGCUGACAACACAGUGAAGGUUUGGGACCUCAAGGCAAUACUGCACAAGUUCCGUAGCGAGAUGCAGGUGCUUGAGAGGGCACUACGCCAAUCUGCGGUCUUAGAGAACGGUGAGGACCAUGUGACGCUACGUGACGUGGCGGCGCUCUACCAGCCAACAGGUGUUGCCACCAUGAAGUACCAGACGACAACACUGGCUCUAAACAGGUCCGGCGAGAGUGUGUAUGUGGGAACUGAAGGCGGACGUCUGCAGGUGUAUGAAACAGACACCGGUAAACAGUCUUUGGACCUGAAACUUGAGAUUGGUCAUGUGAAAAAGAUGGAGCUGUCGAGGGAUGGACGAUACAUGAUAGUGGCGGGAAAUCAACAUAUCCAUGUGGAGGAUUUAUAUUCCCAAGCUCGUCGGGUGUUGGAGGCGAGGGGUGAGGUGACCUGUAUGGCAGAGGCCAACCAUGUCCUGGUUGCAGGAAGUGCAGGGAUGGAGGCCAAGGCUCGUGUCUGGAACAUCGUCACUGGUGAGAUCCUAAAAGACUUUGAGCUGCUGUAUUCAUUGAACUGUGUUGCCAUCAAUAGCUCUGGAACAAAGAUUGUGUCAUCCAUGUUUGAGUUCCCCAUAGUGGUCUCCAUUGAUAACAGCACACAGCAGGGAGUUGACAUGGAAAGUAUGGACAUAAUGAUGACUGGAGCAUGCAGUUGUGCAAUCAGCCAUGAUGACAAAAUGGCAGCAAUGGGCGCAACAGAUGGUGCCGUACGAGUUAUUGCCAUGGAGACAGGAAAGUACUUGUUUCGAUUGCAACAAAAGUCAUCAGCUGUGUGCCUUGUGUUUGCUACUGACGGUGUGCAGUUGUUGUCGGCCGGGUAUCGGACAAUUUACGCGUGGUCAAUUGUGGAUGGCACUUGCAUGUACAAGCUUACCCGACACUUGGACUUUGUGAAUGACAUGAAGUUUGAUACAACUGGUCAGUUCUUGGUGACAAUAUCACGUGACAAGCAAGUGGUAUUAUGGGAUUACACUAGACAUGUUUCCAUAGCAACAUUUCCAGCAAACUGCCAGGUCCAAGCGGUUGACAUCUCGUCUGGAGCCACUGUGAUUGCGUACAUUCCCGAAGGAAUAUCAGACCUGGCGAUCCUCCAACCCAACCACACCACCCUCGAAACUCUGGCAGGAAAACCCCGUCCACUACACCUUCCAACACAAAUGCAGGCGCUGGCUCAGACUUUCUCCAAUCUUUCACCUGCUAAUGGUCCUGGUAAAGCCAGCAAGUCAUGUGCAAUCAUGUAGAAUAUAUAUUUUGGGGUUUAUUUUGGAAUAAAACACUUAAAAAAAUAAAUAAAUAUUUAAGCUGAUUGAAUAUUGUCUAGCGUUUUAUCUUCUCGGAGAGUUUAUAAAAAAUAGUUAGGA